AUGGGUUCGGUGUGUUUAUCAUCAAAAAAGUUAGAGCGCGGCCAUGCCAGACGUGCUGGUUAUGUUGAGGAAGUCUUAUUGAUGGAACAUCGUCAAAAACUGUACUCGAAUUUUGUAGUGCACGGUGAGUUGAAAAGUGCAGCUUCUGAGUUGCAAUUGGCCCAUGCCCUAAGGGCUUUGUUUCUAAGGUAUCCGAUACUUGCUACGACUAUCAUUCCAGAGUAUUGGAACGAAAAAGAGACGUAUUAUACCAGUGAAGCAUUUUACAAUAAACCGGGACUUGCAGAGGAUUACGUUAGUGUAGUAGAUCAAUUGAAGCUUGAAGAUGUGAUCAUGAACAAGCAACCUGAACAUUCCAAAUUUUAUAACGAGAUUUUGAAUCAAUGGGAACAUGAUGGGUUCAAAUACGGAGAUGAUUUGUCCGUGGUCGUCAGUCAGUACACUUUUUCAUGUUGGGAUCCAACGAAACCCCAUUUCAGAUUGGUGCUUUUGCCUUCGGCAGAUGAUAAGAAGGGAGCGAGGGGAUUCAAGGAUAUUCUUUACAUCACGAACCAUGUUACAAGUGAUGGUACUUCCGGAGCUAAUUUAUUGGAAGACUUAUCGAUCGAAUUGGGUAAAUUUUCUGGAACCAAUUUGCAACAGUUAGAGUAUCUUUUACAUUAUGGAAGAGACUACGAGCAAUUGCCGAAGUUACCAGACCCAAUCGAAGAAAAAGUAUCUUAUGGUGUCAAUCCAUCGUUUAUUGCAUCUUUCCUCUUGAGUCAAAUGGGAAAGAAAUUGUUGACCAAGAAAUGGGACCAACCCAUCACUCGUCCUAUCGAUGCGUCACCCGCUAGUCACAUGGCUCACAUUAUCAAGAUUGACCCAACAGGUAUGCAGAAGAUGAGAGCUAGAGUGAAGGACAAGUUGAAUGGUAAAGCUACGUUAACGCCCUUCAUGCAAGCGUGCUGGUUUGUUAGUUGCUAUGAAGCUGGGUUGUUUGACGAUAGAAAAUGGAACGAAUUUUUCAUCAACAUGGCAGUUCCUAUGAACACUAGACAAUAUCUACCUGAAGAUCCCGAAGUAAGAGAUCGUUUUAGAUAUGGUACCGUUGUAGGAGGUACCAAUUUCAAUUUCCUAAUCUCUUCUUUUAAUAUCACAAGUAACCAACAAUUCUGGGAUCUAACCGAAUAUUACCAACAAUGGUUCACGAAAACUAGAGAGGAAGGGCUAGCUACAAAAACAUUCGGUACGCUUUUCGCCGAUUUUGUUAGCAAAUCCAAUAAUUUGGAUAAGUUAAUCAAACAAGAUAUGAUGCAUCAGAGAAGAGCAUUUGCACUUUUAAGUAACGUCGGUUAUCGGCCACAAAAAGCACAAGAGAGCAAUCCAUUCCAACUACAAGACUUGAUCUUCUCCCAAGCAGCAUGUGAAAUGCCGUUCGUGUUUAGUUUGUGUUGUGUCUCUACAGAUAUCGGUGGUAUGUCGCUUACCCUAACAUGCUGUGAGGAAUCAAUCUCUCAACAGCAAUGGCACAAAAUUUGCCAAGUCUUCGAAAAGAACUUGACAACUUUAUAA